CUGAAGUUGAUCCCGAAGUUUCUUUCAAACCAACACACCAAUCGGACCUGUCUAGCGGAACGGAGGACGACACUUCAAGCGAAGCCUCUGAAUUACUGCGUAACGCACAGUUAAGUUGGGACGAUUCAAGUCACGCCGGAGAAAUGGAUCAACAGCAAGAGGGAGUCGCGUAUGCCGAGCCAACGCCCGACGAUAACCAACAGCCAACGGCUACAUCAUCAAAUGCUGCCGGUAACCCCCCAACAGUGACAUUAGAGAUGCUGAUGCAGGUCCUAAACACAAGGAUGGAUGAACAGAAAAGAGACAUAAAUGCGAAGAUGGAGGAACAGAAAGAAGAUAACAAAGGCAUAAGCCAAGACUUAAAAGACUUAGCCUUGAAGUUGGACCAGUCGAUCGAAUAUUUCAAAAAUGCAAAUAACGAUUUCAGGGGGGAAGUUGUAACUUCUACCCGCACUCAAUCAUCAAGAAACCAAGUAGUUGAUCAAAAAGUCAAGUUCAACCAAAUUCACGGUGAAGAGACUUCCCACUAUCAAGAUGAAAUUGGAACCACACCCGACUUAAGCCAGAAAACAGAAACGGAAUCAGGACAGAACUCAAUACAGAAAACGAAUGACCACACCCAAGAAGACGAGGACAUCGAAAAGCCAGUUACAGUGUUAGAGGAAAUUCUACCCAUAAGAACGGAGAUUCUCGAAGUUCCCCUUACACAAGAACUACAUGAAGAUGAGUGUAAAGCACACAAUUUUACUGAAGAAGGACUCCUGCCAGAACACAUACAUGAUGCUAAGAAAUUCCAAAAGCCUCCUAUGGAAGUGUUCAUAGAUUACGAUGUCCUACAAGUCAACCGUAACGAGACCGUAAUGGAAGGUAUUCAAUUUGGUAUGGAUCGAGAAUCGUGCCUCUCCUUCCACUACUAUCCAGAACCAGAGCGGCGAAUAACCCUAUUACGGCCACACAUUUUUAUUGCACUUAAUCAGAAGUCGCCUAGGAUGUAAAGAACAGCACAUAAUAAAAUAAGCCUGAGCAAGAACGUAACGCAUUGGUUUACAUUAGUUUUACAGAAAAUCCUCACAAGUUUGAAAUACACUGGACCACCCCCGGAGAAAGGACCUCCACAUAAAAAGAGCGAGAAGAUUCAGAGAGGAAAUGAUGAUCAAUGGUUAAUAAUUCGACUUGGAAUGGAAACGGACUUUGAACUAUUAAAUAUAUAAUUACUUAGUAUAACAAUUCUUCCUAUUGCGACCCCCGGAGGCCUAUGAUUAGCCUUGACCGGUAUUGGACACGGUUGCGUCCCGUGAUAGCUACGAAAGUGCUCAAUUUUUGCUUUUAAUUUUUUCGCAGCCAGGAGGCUUUGCUCUUAAGGUGAGGGUAAUGUAACGGGAAAAAAUUGAACAAAUUCAAUGUGAAAACAAAUUGGUAAUUUAUUGUAUAGAAUUGGGAAUAUUUGAAAAUAACAAGCUUAAACAUAUCAGGUCAUAACAUAAACAUAGCGAGUUAGGCUAGAGUUUUUCUAGAAGUUACCUGUUGCAAGUUAUCUAUAAUUCAGUAGCGUCACUAUCUGGAAACAAGCGACGCCCAGGAACUGCAAAGUGCUAA